AGUCAAAAUUGUUUCAGCUUUUCAAGACUUGCCAUCAGUGUGGAACAGAAAUCAUUCAAAAAAAUGUUCAGAUAUCUGGGAGCUGUAUCAAAAUAUUGUGGGAGUGUCUGAAUCAACAUAGUGAUGAGUGGAGUUCCUGUCCAGAUGUUAGAGGGAUGCCAGAGAAUAAUCUACUUGUAGCAGCGUCAACUCUCUUCACUGGUGCCACGUACACAACAAUUGCUGAUUGGGCUGGACUGCUGAAUCUCCAAAUUCCCAACAAUACAACAUAUUACAAAAUACAGUCUUCAUAUCUAAUCCCAGUCAUCGACAUGGUGUACAACGAGCAGCACAAGGCCAUCAUGGAACAGCUACUGCAUAAACAGUAUACUCUGAAAAAGGGAGUGCAUGUAUCUGGAGAUGGCCGAUCAGACAGCCCAGGCUUCUCCGCAAAAUACAACACCUACAGCUUCAUGGAGGACACAACAAAGGAAAUAAUCCUUUUUCAGUUAGUGCAGGUGACAGAGGCAUCCAGCUCUGCUGCCAUGGAGCCAGUGGGGUUCAGGAGAGGACUUGAUUAUCUCCUUGAGUAAGGUCUUGAAGUGGAGGUGGUAACCACUGACCGAUCACCAUCUAUACGAAAAAUUAUGCGCGAAGAGUAUCCGGAAAUCCACCAUGAGUUUGACAUCUGGCAUGUUGUCAAGGGGCUAAUGAAAAAAUUGCUGUCAGCAUCCAACAAAAAGGACAACCGAGACCUGCAACCAUGGAUAAAAUCCAUCUGCAAUCACUUGUGGUACGCCUGUUCCACUUGUGGAGGUGACCCUGAUGAUUUGAUAAGGAAGUGGAAAGCACUACUUCAUCACAUCUGUGGUGUGCACCGCUGGGAGGAAGAUGGACAGGAGAUUAAAUGUGUGCAUGCUGACCUUACGUCAGAGGAACAGAGGCGAAAGAGGUGGUUAAGGAGAGACUCUUACGCUUUCAAAGCCCUGACAGCUAUUGCCCUGGACAAAGGACUCAUGAAAGACCUUAGGCAAAUUGCCCUUUUCAAACAUACUGGGAAGCUUGAAGUAUUCCAUGCAUCUAUGCUGAAAUACACAGAGAAGAGACUGCACUUCCACUACUCAACAAUGAAAGCUCGCACCCAGCUUGCCGUUAUGGACCACAAUGAAAAUGUUCAGCGUGAACAGGCCUACACCAACACAGGACAAGCACGGUUCAAUGUGGUUUACCCAAAACAAACAAAAGAAUGGGUCGCCAAAAAGAUCUAUGUUCCAACAACACAAACAUUCCGGCAAAAUCUGGUGGUGCAAGUUGUGCGGAGACGCCUGGACCCCAACAUCAAGAUCAAAGACCCCCAGUCAUAUGUUUCUAUCCCUCCCAUACCAGAAAACAUUGCUCAGAAACCAAAGCCUGCCAAAGAGGAAGCCAUACAAAAACAUACUUCCCGAUACAGCAGUUAGUCUGAGUGGUGCAGUAUUUUUACUCUUGCCUUUUUAUAUUUGUAAUUAUGCAAAUAAAAAGUCUAGCUGGUGGCAUGUAAUUUUAACCUUCUUUUUUUUUCAAAAUUCUGGGAUACAGAGUCUGAUAAGGGGUUUACUUAAUAUAGUUAUAACAUGACAUUUUGAAAUAAAAUGGCAUGUGUUUGUGGUUGGCUUGUCUGCAUUUCACACUUAGGUCUAGAAUAAAUAUUUAAUCAAA